UUUCUUAAUUACAUCACAAACCGGUGCUUUAUCUUUCAUCUCCUUUCCCAAUUACGAAAACAUCCUUAAAUCCAUAAAUCAGAGACAAUAACACAAAACACGUUCCGAAGCGCCGCCGAUUCAGUAGAAGAGAGAGAGAGAGAGAGAGAGAGAGAGAGACCAAUUCUCUGUUUGGGAUCGCUCUGCUUACUCCCGGCUCCAAUCUUCUUCAAACCCCUUCCUUUUUACCGUCUAUGUAUUAAUUAUAAUCAUUGGUAAUGGAAUCUAAUAAAGAAGAGGCUAAUAGGGCUAGCGAGACUGCGAAGAAGAAAUUUUUAUCAAAAGAUUUUGCUGGAGCGAGGAAAUUCGCAUUGAAGGCGCAGUUCUUGAACCCUGACCUUGAAGGGAUCGCUCGGAUGGUGGCGACUUUCGAUGUCCACGUGUGCGCUCAGAACGUUAUACACGGGGAGAUAGACUACUACGGCGUUCUCGGUAUUAACCCCGAGGCUGACGACGAGACUGUGAGGAGACGUUACAGGAAGCUGGCUGUGACGCUUCAUCCUGAUAAGAACAAGUCUGUGGGAGCGGAGGAGGCGUUUAAGUUUCUUUCUCAGGCGUGGGGUGUGUUCUCUGAUAAGGCCAAGAGAGCUGAGUAUGAUUUGAGGAGGAACUUGGGGUUGGUUGAAGGAAGAGGUGCUGCUGCUGCGGCGGGUUCGUCAUCGAAGCAUGGUGAGAAUGGGUUUCAGAAAGUUGCUACUAAAGUGAAGAGUUCCAAGAGAGUUCCAAAGCGGGCAAGUGAUGCAUCUGCUCCUGCUGCUAGUUCUGAUGGAACGUUUUGGACUGUGUGCCGCACUUGCAGAACACAGUAUGAGUAUCAUCGUGUUUACUUAAACCAGAACCUUCUUUGUCCCAACUGUCGUAAGCCUUUUAUAGCUGUGGAGACUGAUCCUCCAGGGUCGGGUUCGAUCCGCAAGACCUUUCACGAGCACCAGUUUGAGUCUAUUCGUCAGUCAACAGAUGGUAGAAAGAGAAGUAGAGACAACAGCAACAACGGUGUGUAUGGUGGUGAGUAUGAUUCCUUUGAGUGGACUGCAACCAAAACCGGGUCCAGGAAAGACGAGGCUGUCCGUAGAGAGUACACGAGAAGGGUGGCUGGUGGUGCUCCAUCCGCAAACGCUCCAAAAAGAAGAAAGGGUAUGGAUAAUGCAGUUGCUGGUGGCUCCAACGUGGCAGCAAGUUGCUUUGCUCCCAAGUCCAACAGCGUUAGAGAGUUUUCUGAUGACGAAUUGAAGAAUCUACUGAAGAAGAAAGCAAAGCCGAUAAUCAGCAGAAAGCUGCAAGAGCUUGCUGAAACUGAUGCACACAAAAGUGCCAUUGAAUCAUUCUGUCUUGACUCCAUUGAGGAUACUUCUGGUACUGAUAAAGAUUCGGAUCCCUUAGAAGUCACUGAUCCAGAUUUUUGCGACUUCAACAAGGAUAGAACUGAGAAGUCGUUUAGUAAUAACCAGAUAUGGGCUUGUUACGACUCUUUAGAUGGGAUGCCUCGAGGUUAUGUCGUGAUAGAAAAGGUUAUCUCUGUGGAUCCGUUUAAAGUGUGUAUUGUUCAGCUUACUUCAGAGACGAGCAGUGAGCUCAGGUCAACAAAGUGGCUUGGCUUUGGUGUUCAAAAAGCUUGUGGAGAUUUCAGAGCUGGGAAAAAAACCCAAAUCUGCAGGUCACCUUACAUUUUCUCACACAAAGUGGAACAGGUCAAAGGCAAUCAUCAAGGAGAGUUUCUUAUAUAUCCUAGAAGAGGCGAUGUGUGGGCUAUGUAUAGGAACUGGUCCCAUGAGUGGAACUAUCUUACAGGAGGCGAAGCGAUAAAGUAUGAUGUGGUCGAAGUAGUUGAAGGGUAUAGAGAGGAGUAUGGUGUUUCAGUGGUUCCUUUGAUGAAAGUUGCCGGUUUCAAAUCAGUUUUUCACCAUCAUUUGGAUCUUAAAGAUGUAAGGAGGAUCUCAAGGGAUGAAAUAUCGAGGUUUUCGCAUCGGAUACCGUCUUACUUGCUCACAGGUAGAGAAGCACCUGGUGCACCCAGAGGUUGCAUACAACUCGACCCAGCAGCAACACCAUCACAGCUUCUUCAAGUUAUAGAUAUGUGACUGUAAAAGGUGUAAAAGAUUACAACUUAUUGUACUUUGGUAAUGUAGUUUACCUAUAACAAGGAACCGUUAUGAUGUUUUGUUUCUUCUAGUUUAUGGGUACCAGAGUGCCGGUCCUGAUGACA